GUCGGGGGUCGGGUCACCAUGUCGGCACACGUGAAGCACUCAUCAAAGUGUAGUGUAGUGUUCUGUGCGGCAUGAUGGCCUCUUCGCCGGACUCUCGGCGCGUUGCAGCAGUUUGCAGCCAGUCGCCGCCGCUGCCGCUGCAUGUUUGCCGAGUGGCGCUGCGGCCCGCCGAGGGGGAAGGGGGCGCAGAGCAACCUCAGCAACCUGCCGGGCGGGAUUGCAAAUGGACGGCGAGGAGCGACUCCGACGACGACGACGACGCCGUCCCCAGGACAGCUCUAGUCCGGCAACAGUGCUCCACCGGCCCGACGUUGAUAUGCGCCCGCAGCAUCAGUGGCGCAGCGCAGCAUGACUUUGGAGCGGCUCCCGGAAGCGAACUCAUAAAAGGCUCCUCCAUGCGUCGGCGCCGCGCAGAGCGACAGGCAGAGCCAGGUGGCCGAUGAGGAGUGUGAUGGUGGUGAAGAGGAGAGUGAAGACGGCGGGAAUCAUCGAACCACUCUCAGUUUUCCCGCGCAUGUAAGCAAAAAGGCUUUCUCCGGACUGAGGGGGAGAGGGGGGGGGGGUGUUGAACUGCUGUCUGAAAAAACAUAUCUCUCUGGGAUA